AUGACCUCUGACCCCAAUCUGCUGCGCCGCCGGGCCAACAGCGCGACCACACGCAACGGCCACGCCCGCGGAGCUUCAAAGCAAAUGAUCCAGCCAAAGUCGAUACACACGUCCGACGAAUUUGUGCGGGAAUUUUUGGGGCCGUCCUUUGACCCGGCCGCCUUCCUCAACGCCAAGCUGCCGCCGCUGGCGCCCAGGUCGUCGGGUGCUGCCGCCACGCCUGCUGGGGCGGUGCCGCUGGCGGACCUCUCACAGCAGGCCAACGCGCUACUCUCGCAACUCAGCGCGCAGACGACGCGGCUGUCGUCGACGCUGACGCAGCUCACCGACGACAUCCUGCGCAGCGGGAGCCGGCUGGCGUACCAAGUCGAGCUGCUGCGCGGUGAGACGCUUAGUCUGAAUGAAACGCUACACGAAACACUGCAGGAGGACAUUGCCAAGUUUCUACCCGAGGGCAUUCACGGGAAGCAGGACGAGAAAGGCAACGAAUCUGUUGGGGGAGAGGAUGGCCAGGAUGAGGAGCGCAAAGACAAGGCCAACGAAGCCGACGCCUAUGCACAGCUGCCUAUCUCAACAACCACGGGAGCAAUUGGUGCCAGCAAUGAGCCGACUUGCGUCCAGCAACUACGAACACUGACGCUGGUGCGCUCACGCUUGGAGGACGUGAUCAAGAUAUUUGGCGACGCCAUGGAUUUCGGCUUCCCCCCAUCCGAAGUCUCCGUGAGCUCUUCUUUCCUCUCCGUGUCCGCGCCCGAGCCGGGCUCCGACCAGCAGAGCUCCGAGGCUAAGGGCCAGCAAAACCUAAAGGACCUGCGCGACGAAAUCAGCAGCCUGCUGCGCCCAGACAGAGACGGUGGCGCCGUCGACCCCGUCGCCGGCAUCGAGCGCGCGGCGAACCGCAUCGAGGAGCUCAAGACGCUCAACGCUGUGUGGAGGGGCACUGCCGAGGAAAAGGGCCGCAGCCGAUUUAUUGAGAGUUUGGCGAAAAUGGUCGAGGACAGGCACAGGGAGCUCAUGCGCGAGCUGGAGCAGCAGCAGCAGCAGCAACAGCAGCGCGGGGCGUCGCCGGCGAAGAAGACGGGGGAUGGCAUGGUGAGAAGGACGGGAUCGCCGGCGCUCGGGGAUGAGACGAGACCGGCGCAGCCGCCGGGGGGCUUUGGCUUGAUGAGCCAACUGCAAAAAUUACGAAACGGAUUGUAA